AUGAAGAAUAUUAAUAUUACACUAUCAAAAUUGGCUGUCAGUGACGAUUCUGUAUUGGUUGGAAAUUCAGCAUAUAAUACUAUUUCAUUGCCACAGAUCAACGGAUCCACGCGAACGGAGAAGGUACACAAAAAAGUCUUAGAAUUUACUAUGAUUUUUUUCAUUCUGGAAGGCAUGACGGGCAAUAUCGCACAUAUAUGUGUCCGUGAAAAUCAAUACAAAAUUUUCCAUGGACAGCUUGAAGAAAGGCAAUUUCGAUUAUGUGCUAUCAAGUUUUUUCAAUCUGCUACGUUCAAAUAUAGUCGAAAGCCUAAUAUUAUGGUGACCGUCGAAUAUUCGACAAAGCCAUUUCAUACUCUACACCUAAGCAUUGUUAAAAACAAGUUAGCAGAUCAAAGCAAAUCAUUAAUUUUUUGCUCUUGUGGAUGGAGCCACAAGGACUUCCAAACAUUACGACUUUAUGGCUACAAUGAAAAAUCAACAUUAGCAAUUAUCCACAACGAAAAAAAAAUUCCUUAUCCUACAGCAAUCAAAAGCGAAAUCAGACAAAGAAGACCGUUUUGUAAUCAAAAUCAUUGGGAAUGUCAAGUACAUCAAGGCAACGAAUGUAAAAGAAAGCUUCUCAUAGUAGUGCCCUAUGCGAAAAAAGAAGUUGACCACAUGAGAACGAAAGGUUAUGCCUUAACAAGAAUCAAACAAACAAAGAACAUUAAAUUGGAGGAUUAUUCAACUAAUUAUAAUCUGACAACGAUAACUCAAACGAAUGCACUAAUAACUAUAUUUGACCAAUCACAACCAGAAAGAAAGGAAGAAACAUUAGCACCAUUUGAACACUGGCUUUCGGUAUUAGAAACCCUAAAUUAUUUAGAGCCAUUCAGGCGCAACUCAGUGUAUGAAUUAAGGAAGAUGAGAACAUUCGACCAACAAAUUAAAAUACCGAUGGCUAAUCAAACGAUGAAUUUAAAAAAUUAUUGGAGAAGACCCGACAUCUUAACUGGAGCAGAUCAUUUCUUCAAAAUUGUACAACUGAAUAAAAUCGAAAAACUAAAACCCAGGACCUAA